AUGGCUCGCGAUCCUCCCUCCCAGUCUGCGGCCUUUAACGCCCUUCCCAUCGAACUCAACCAAGCCAUCGCUCGCGAACUAGACACAGACCAGGACAUAGCGAGGUACGCUUUCGUCUGUCGUAGUACGAAUAAUGCAGUCAACGCCGACAAGGGUUCCUUUUGGCGUGCGAAGUUUCGUGAGAAGUAUGCCUUCAAGGAAGGCCGGUCAAACACUGAGUUGAGGUCUAUAUACCAAGUGCGCUCGAAGCACCUGCGCCGUGGGGUAGUGUACCCCUUCUACCGUGGACAUAACAGGCGCGAGGUGGAUGCGAUAUUGGUCCUGAAGGAUUUGAUCGUCGAGUCGUUCCAGGGGUCCUUCGGCAUCGACGAGUUUGGGCGGCCUCGCUGCAAGAACCAUACUGUCCUGCGCAACUUCGUCCUCGACUCCAAGAUCCUCCUCAAUGGCAGGCGUGCACCGCCAGCCCGGAAUGAGCCAGACAGCGUACACCCCAUGCUUGCAGCGGUCAAGCUCAUGUGCUCUCACUUUCUGUUCGAGCUCGAGGACGCAAAUCACCAGGUGUUCGCUUUAGAGGAGUCACAGCGCGUCGUCUAUAUGGCCACCAACAAGGCGCCUCUCUACAGUGGUCCCAGCCUUUCCGAAAUCAACAUGGAUUGGGUUCUCCAUUGUUUGAACUUCUUCCGAGACCACAUGAUGAACGAAGCGGCUGCGACUUUGUACGACGCUGUGAGUGAGCUGUCUCCCAUGCAGAAGCCAUCAGCUUGGCAGGAGCCGCUGCGCAAUGGCUCCUACACUCUGGGCAGCCAUUGGAAGGGCACAUAUUCCUUCCUCGACGUACCAGAGAUUACGAAGCUUCGAAAGAUGUCGUCAGACGAGGAUGCAGAAGCUUUCUUCUGCGAUAAGAAUGUCGACGAGGGUAAAAUUCAGCUCGAUUUCGUAGAAGGUGCCCAGCUUCGGUGGCCCAACAUCUUCGAGAAGCGCCUGCAUUCUCUGAGAAACACGGUCGAACCCCAGGGCCGAGCGAAGCCAAAGGGCGAGCCAGGCUCAGAGAAUGUCCAGUUCACGGGCACUGGUGUCGAUCUUGAGGACGACUUUAACGCCAUUGGCUGGCUCAACCCUCUCCCUCCUCAGCAUGGCAUCCCAGGCUGGCAGCGUAUCACCUUCAUGAAGCACUUCAUGGACGACUUUGAUCAAGUGGAACAAGACAACCUCUGGGCAUACGAGGGUGUGGUUUUGCCUGGUGGUCGCAUCAUCCUCGGACGAUGGUGCCGCCAGAACGACUACAACGGCCCGUUUAUCCUCUGGGCCGUCGACGAGCCUGAUCUCGAAGAAGAAGAAGAGGGCGAGGGCAGCAGCGAGUCAUGA